CCAGCCACAUCCUCAUCCUUCCUCUGCACACACAGUGCUUUUCCUCCGCCUGUGCCUCAGCUCUGCUGGACUGCAGCACACACUGAAGUCCGUCUCAUCCACCUGCGUGCUAAUGCAGCACAGCAGUACAGUGAGCUUGUCCUGACUGCACCCCAGGACAGAUGCCAAUAUCACAAUUACCCUAAACUAACCACCAUCUUAUCUCUCUGCUGCAUUAGUUAAAACCACCUUUUAUUGAGACAGGCAGCUUUAAAAGUAGCAAAGUUUCCCGCGAUGGACUCAAAGCGCGAUAAAGACCAAGAUGCAGACUGCGAGAAGAUAACUGCUGUGCUGCUCAAGUCACGUACAGGGGAAUUUGAUUUGGAGUCGAUACUGUUUCUCAAACUGAGAAAUCUUGGAAUCCAUGAUCUCGGCUGCAUCGGAGAGUGUGUGAAUUUAGAGAAACUGGACCUCUCUGGAAAUAACAUCUCAAAUUUAGCUCCUCUAGCAUCUCUGCGGCUGCUCUCUGUACUCUGUUUGUCUGCCAACAGGAUUUCCAAUUUAGAGCCCCUGCGCAGCUGUGAAAGUUUACAGCACUUAAACCUGGCUGGUAAUAACAUAUCCAGCACCGAGAGCUUACACUGCCUUCAACCUUUGAGAAAGCUAGAAAAUAUACGUCUUAAAGACAACACCUACAAUUAUUCCAAUCCAGUGUGCAGGAACACAGCAUACAGAAACGUAGUUCUUGAGAUGUUCCCCAACAUCAAGGUGCUGGAUGGGGAAAGAGUGGUGGGACGUGGCAGUGAGUUGUACCAAUUAUGUAAAGACAUUGAUGAUACCAUUAAAGCCGGUUUGUACAAGAAUGGACAGCUUGUUGAGCAACCAGAUUGCAAACCAUGGGUGGAGGAUAAUUACUGGGAGAUAAAGAGAUCAAACAAUGCCAUUAUUGAAGAAGCCUACAAACAGUUUAAUGAUGUUCUUCAUGAAUGCAGACUUCUCAACAACAGAGCCACUCACGUUAUUUCGCAAACUGAAAGAUCUAUGAGCCUGAAGAAGCAGCCAAAGCAGUAUGCUAUCUGAGUGGGGCUAUUUUGAACAAAUUUUUGUGUAGUUUUGUUGUAUGACAUACCGUGGCUAAUGUACUGUAGGUUUCUCAAAUUACCAAGCUGCAUCCAAAUGCUUGAUCUAUACCAUUGCCAGACACACGUGCUUUGUGUUGCAGUGUGAGGCAUUUGUUGAAAUUCUAUCUCAUCCUAUGCAUUGUGUAUCGGACGAUACAUUUAAGUGGUUUGAAAACCUUUAUCCAUACUGACACCCCUCAGUUGGGCUCAAAGAUGUCUUUACAUGCACAGUGUGCAUUUUGUACCAUGUAGCCUGCAUUUAUGCUGAAAGCUAUGCUGCUUAAGAAUUUAUAUAGGUUUUAAUCAAGAGCUUUUUUCCCCAUUUUGCAUUGCUGGAUAAUUGUGGGAGUUAAUGUGUCCCAUGCUGUGUGCUUUCUUUGUAAGUUGAACUUUUGCAAAAAGUGAUUGAAUGAUCGUUUCAGCUGUUUCUAAUUGUUUUAUACCAUAAAGUUUAUUAUGUGUACA